CGUGAUUAACUCACGAGACGAUGUGCCGGUGAUUGUCUUGUCGACGCUUUGUGGUGCUCCGUUCGAAUUCUAUAGGAAUUGUCGUCGCCACCUACACGCCUACACUCCACAGUCCUGACCGUUGUAUAUAAACACACCGGAGCUGGUAGUCCAACGCCUCGUAUCAUCCAAACCAAUCCAACGUCCCCUAGUUCUUUCUACCCAGCGCGCGCUAAAAUUCUCAAAGAAUAGUUUGUCCCCGGUCCUUUCCAAUUUCCACCCCACUUUUGAUCGAGCCCAGUAUCCAUGUGUGGCGGUGCCAUCAUCUACGACUACAUCCCGGCGCCCCGCCGGGUGUCGGCCGCGGACUUCUGGCCCGACGCCGACGACUCCGACGCCCACAGCACCGCCCCCCACAAAGCGCGGCGCGCGAAGCGGGAGAAGAGGAACCAGUACCGCGGCAUCCGGCAGCGGCCGUGGGGUAAGUGGGCGGCGGAGAUCCGCGACCCCGUCAAGGGCGUCCGCGUCUGGCUCGGCACCUACCCCACCGCCGAGGCCGCCGCGCGCGCCUACGACCGCGCCGCGCGCCGCAUCAGGGGCGCCAAGGCCAAGGUCAACUUUCCCAACGAGGAGCUCCUCCUUGCCUCUUCGCCGGCCACGGCGGCGGCGGCGGCUCCGCCGGCCGUGCUUUCCUCGUUCAAGAAGGAGGAGGACGCGGAGUUCGGGUCCGUGGCGUGCUCCGGCGAGGCCAAGGAGCUGUCCGAGGAGCUGAUGGCGUACGAGAACUACAUGAGCUUUCUUGGCGUCCCCUACAUGCAGGGCGGGGAUACGGCAGCCCCUGCCGCCGAGGAGGCGCCGGCGCCGGCGCCUGCCGCGCUAUGGAGCUUCGAGGACUACUAGUGGCAGAAAUCAGUGUCCAACUUCCUGUCGGUCGUGUUUAAUUUGUUCAAUUCAUUUUUUCAGUUUGUAACUGUGUUUGGAGUCCAAUGGCAAUUCGCUUGCUCCGUGUAACUGUGUAAGCAAAAUUUGCAAUUUAACUUGUUUGCCGUUCUGCAAGUA